GAGAGAGAAGGGCGUAUGGUAUUAAUCGGCCAAGCAGAAAGCCCCAGUCCAACUGACAGCGGCGGCUAGCAGACGAGGCAACGAGAGAGGCAGAAGAGAAGCCCGAUUUCUCCAAUGUCAACAGUCUAUAUUCUAAGGCAGUGAAAUAUAUACAAAUAAUUAACGGGAUGAAGAUAUACAUUUUUCCUGGUGAUUUUUGUUUAACACAAGGAUAUCAGAUUCAUUAUUAAUAGACCAUCUGCCUACACACACUCGAACCGGAACACCGGUUUACAGGCAGCGUGCGUGGGUAACGUCUACGGUACGAUGGAUGGUAUUCUGUGUCAAUAUCGAUCGGUGUGACUACCUCGAGUCACCUUUGAGUCACUGGAUUGUUUCACGUGAAGGUUUAUUUCUCGAAACGCAACGUGAGCAGGCUAAUCAACUAGUCAUCGUACUGAACGGGCUUUCCUGUCACCACCGGGGUGGAAUUGUGAAACCUUCGCUUAUUGUGGCCCGAAUUCUUUAUUGGAAUAUUUUUUAACAGAAAAACUUUCUUGGGAAAUGUCCUAGUCUUCACAGCCAAUGCCAACGGGAUCAUUUAAACCUUAACUAAUCAGAUGAUGAAGAUUCCCGUCUCCCUGCGUCAAUGACGGCUAAAAUGGAAACUCCUUUCUACCACGACGAAGCCCCAGGUAUUCCUCACAACUUCGGACAACACCAUGCAGAUUACCAACGUUACCAGAGCCACAAGAUGAUGAGUAAGAAGGUGGCACAUAACUUCUCAGGCGGUUCCCACAGCAGCUCUGGCCUGAAACUGUCACAAAGCCAGCCGGGGAGUAACUGCAAUAUCAAUCCUAAUAAUCUGGGAGGGAUUAACAGCAACACAAACAGCUCGUUAAUGCCCGGCGGCUUGUCAGAUAUGAACCUUCUGAAGCUAGCCUCCCCUGACCUCGAGCACCUCAUCAUCCAGUCUAACCAGGGCUUGGUGACGACGUCUCCUGUCCCCAACACUAACGGAGGUAACCCCUUCAUGUACCGGAACAACGCCACUAACGAACAGGAGGGUUUUGCCGAUGGGUUCGUAAAAGCCCUGGCGGAUCUUCAUAAACAGAACCAGCUGGUUGGAGCUCCCGUGUCCCCUUCCUCCUCUAUGCAAGGCCCCUACCAGAGGAACAUCAUGUCUGCAGGAGACCUGCCCAUCUAUACCAACCUCAGCAGCUACAACCCGAACCACCCCAGCCAUAUAUCAUCAUCCUACCCAGGGGGCCAGAUGCCCGACAGCUACCCAGGCCAUGGCCCCCACAGACUUGGAGGCCAGGGACCCCACCAUCCCCACAACAGGGGGUUGGACGCCCCUCAGACUGUCCCAGAGGUCCCUCAUCCUCCCGGGGACCCCACCUCCUCCCCUCCCUCGCUCUCUCCCAUCGACCUGGAGACCCAGGAGAGGAUCAAGGCCGAGAGGAAGAAACUACGUAACCGGAUCGCGGCGUCUAAGUGUCGUAAAAGGAAGCUGGAGCGGAUCUCCAGGCUAGAAGAGAAGGUGAAGGUUCUGAAGACCCAGAACUGUGACCUGACCUCCACCGCCUCGGUCCUGAGGGAACAGGUGGCCCAGCUCAAACAGAAAGUCAUGAAUCACGUCACCAACGGCUGCCAGAUAGCAGUGAGUUCAGCCACCCUGCAGGCCAACAGCACCGGGGACAGGGACAGCACCAACUGUUGAUCAACGGACUGUACUGUACAGGGAUGAGAAGUGUAUUUUUUUUCUGUUGCUCUGAGUCAGUCCUCUAUAAAGGAGGUAGUACCUCUACUGUACAGGGAUGAGGAGUGUUGUGAUGGUAAGUGAAAUAUGCUAACUACGUGAGUGGUUGGGGAGAAUCCCACCUCUCUAUGCUAACUGCUAACUACGUGAGUGGUUGAGGAGAAGGGAGAAUCCCACCUCUCUAUGCUAACUGCUAACUACGUGAGUGGUUGGGGAGAAGGGAGAAUUCCACCUCUCUAUGCUAACUGCUAACUACGUGAGUGGUUGAGGAGAAGGGAGAAUCCCACCUCUCUAUGCUAACUGCUAACUACGUGAGUGGUUGAGGAGAAGGGAGAAUCCCACCUCUCUAUGCUAACUGCUAACUACGUGAGUGGUUGAGGAGAAGGGAGAAUCCCACCUCUCUAUGCUAACUGCUAACUACGUGAGUGGUUGGGGAGAAGGGAGAAUCCCACCUCUCUAUGCUAACUACGUGAGCGGUUGGGGAGAAGGGAGAAUCCCACCUCUCUAACCUCUACAGACACUUUGAGUUGUAGUAUUAAAACAACAAGACAUUUCACUUUUAUUUUGCCCUCGCGCAGCCCUGAAAGUGACCAAAGCACCUCUGCUUAACAGGAGAGUAUCACAUGAAAACCUCUGCUUAACAGGAGAGUAUCACAUGAAAACCUCUGCUUAACAGGAGAGUACCACAUGAAAACCUCUGCUUAACAGGAGAGUACCAGACUGACGACUGCAGUCUACAACACUGAACCAAGUAACCAUUAGAAGAGUGAGGAGCGGAGGACAUUGUGCCUCUAGUAUACAGUUCAGUAGGUCCCGGGUGUUUGUGGUCAACAGGAAGUAUAAUAACUGAGAGAGUGUGAAACAUCCGGGGUUCCCAUCACCUCAGAACAAGAAUUUCUACAUUCUAGGUCAUCUCUAUGAUUAAAAAAAAAAAAUGAAUCAAAACACUGUUCUAUGAUAUUUUUACCUGAGUAUUGUCAGUUAUAAUUGUCAUUAUCUGAGUAUUGCCAGGUAUAAUUGUCAUUAUCUGAGUAUUGUCAGGUAUAAUUGUCAUUACCUGAGUAUUGUCUGUUAUAAUUGGCAUUACACGAGUAUUGUCAGUUCUAAUUGUCAUUAUCUGAGUAUUGCCAGUUAUAAUUGUCAUUAUCUGAGUAUUGCCAGGUAUAAUUGGCAUUACCUGAGUAUUGUCAGUUAUAAUUGUCAUUACCUGAGUCAGAUGAUAAGGUUACAUCUGUAGUAAAGUGUGAGUUUGACUUUAGAACAAAUUACAAUUAAUGGUAGUGGAAGAGUCUCGUGUGGCACCUCAAGGCCCUGACUCAUUCUACACUGUAGUUUGAAGUUAUGGGAAUUAAAGCUUUUUCCGCUUUAAAACAACAAUAUAAUUGGUCAAAGUAUCACAAUGUUGUUGAUCAAAUCCAUCGGGCUUAAUAAUGUGAUGUAGAUAAGAGGUGCAGAUUUAUUUUUUUGAGUCACUUUAGUCUCUUGUCUUGGAAUAUAUUAUCUGUCUGUUUAGAGUUGUGCAAUGUGUGUGUGAGAUGACAGCAAAACCAACCUCUUGAGACUUUCAACUCUAAGGGUUGGAUACAAUCCGCAUUGCCAAAGUAUUGCCGAAUAUCCGCGUUAUAGCUUGUUUGAAAUUUAAAGACGAUGUUCCCGCGUUUGCAGAGACUUGCAUUCAGGGUAAAAGAUGCAUACGUCGGCUUCAUCGGAAAUGACCUUCUCAUUUUAACACGGAUCUUGUGCGAUCCGGAUUGAAUCCAGACCUAAAUGUGUUUUUAUUAAAUAACUGUGUUCAUGUGAAACAGACAGAAGCUUCUGGUGAUAUAUAAAUAGUUGAAAUAGAUUUAAACCAAUCACAUCUUUGUAAGAUUACUAUUGGUUGUCAUUUUGGAACCUGGCUGAUUCAUUUUGGAACCUUGGUAAUUCAUUUUGGAACCUUGGUAAUUCAUUUUGGAACCUUGGUAAUUCAUUUUGGAACCUUGGUAAUUCAUUUUGGAACCUUGGUAAUUCAUUUUGGAACCUUGGUAAUUCAUUUUGGAACCUUGGUAAUUCUGAAAGAUUUUCCUCCAUUCCAACCAAAAUACCCUUUGCACUGUUCUUCCUGUAAUAAUGUUGACCUAUAGGUUUUAGUGUAGGAGUCAAAUUAUGUUCAAUGUGGUAACAUUGUGGAUCAGUGCUGUGUUAACCUGAACUACACUGUGUCAGAGAUACAUUUUCAAAGACAUUUUAGAUAAACUUGUUGUGUUAAUAGACGGACGGACGGACGGACGGACGGACGGACGGACAGACAGACAUACAGACAGAAAGGGAAGAGGCUUCUUGAGAAUGCAGCAAGCUACAAUGAAGUAACAAGACAAGGGCUUUUAAUCAAUAGAUAGAUAAUGAUUUUAUUUCUUGUUUUAUAACAUUUCUGGAGCAAUUUAUUUAUGCAAAAUGUAUCUUUGGUAUUUAUGUUUUUGGGGAAAUAUGAUAUUGCACAUAAAUCAAAACAUGAAA